AUGAUGUCUUUUAAAGUUCGUUGGAAACUAGAAAGGAAAUUUUUGUACAUCUACAUUUUACUUAUUUGGAACCUUUCUUCAACAUAUGGCCAAGGCUAUUUUCCGAAAUUAGAGGAUCUUGCAGUGCUAAAACCGAUCACUUCUUCUUCAACUUGUGGAGCAACAUCCAGUAAAUAUUGCCAGUCGUUGGCUAAACAGACGUCUUUGAAGACUUGCGUUGAAAAGAACUGUGAAUUUGCUUGUUGUACAAAUUGUGGUUCAGCCAAGCCUGUUCCCACAGAUUUAGCGCUUACUUCGAAUAAAGUUGGAGUCACUCAAGAUGGCGAUCCGAGGAAUGGAACUAUUGUCAGAUCAUUUCGAUUUCAAGGUAAUUCAUACCUACAACCUUUGAGGGUUCCAUUUAUAGACUUCCAGAACCCUGGGUUCACUAUCAGCGUUUGGAUUAAACAGAAGGCAGGAAACAAAGGGUAAGUUUAUGUUACCAUGUUAAGGUUACUUUCCAGCUGGGGAGCACAUCAACGUUAACAUCGAUAAAUUGUACUCCGUCGUAAAUCCGUUUUUAUCGAACUAGAUGCAACUCUCUCCGAUUAAGUUCGAUUAACAAAAAUAACAUUUUCAGAGGUACAUGAAAUUAAUUAGCUCAAAAUAACUUCGAACAAGUCAAUCAAGUAAUGUAAUCGAUCCUGGAAAUUAAUUGAUAUUUACAUGAUAUCCAAGGUAAGUUAUUUAUAAUAAGAGUUCGUUUGCGUUCUUGCCCUAUGAUUUUGAAAAAUUGUCAGAUCAGAGAAUGAGAAAGAAAAGUAAUGUAAUUGAGGGAAUUGUACUUAGGGAGAUAUAAGAUUAAAAAAAUUGACUCAUCCUCUUCUCCGGUAGUAUGCUCAUAAUCGAUAUAUUGGAUUUUCUGUCUUUAAUUUCACCAUGCACAUUAGAGCUUCAUUAUUUCCUUUCUCUGAAGUGAACUUUGUCUCGUGGUUUUGCUGGUUUUGUCAAAUUUAAAUAUGGCAUAAAGUUAUUCUUGGAAAUUUCAGGGUUUGUUUUAUUUUAUUACAUCCUCAAAUACUUUACAUCUUCCAUAAGAGAGAGAUUUCCAAAAGUUUGUUAGAACUGUUGAGAUUAUUGGAAUGAACCCUGAUGGGGUACCCUGUAAAAUACUUGGGGUUUUCAAAGAUCCUUGAAAGAUCUUUGGUGAUCCUUGAGUGUUAAAAGAAAAAUCAGUUUUUAUUUCAUUGUCACAUUCAAAAUUAUUUAUUAUCUUGUUUUAAUUCUGUCUCACUGCAGUCAAAAUAUUUGGAAGGAUUUUUGACAUUGUACAAUUAAUCAAAUUAAAAAGUCAUGUCAAUGUAUGUAAAAUUACAAAUUUUUGGAUGUGCAUUUUGAUUUUUUGAUUUCUUGUGUUUAUUCUGAACAGCACAAUUAUUUCUAAAGAUGAGACUACUCCUCCAAAUUUUGCCAAUGUCUUUCAACUUGUUAUCAAGGACUAUAACUUGAUGUUUUACUAUCGACCUGCCACUGGGAAUGCAUCAGUUGCUACAUACAACCUUCUGCAAAGCCAAAGUGAAAAGCUUCAACCAAAUGAGUGGCAUUUAAUAACUGUAGCAGUUAUUGAUAAAGCACUGUCAUAUUACAUUGAUGGUGAACUUAUGAAUGCAAAUUUUGUGACUCUGAGUGAUUAUAUUGGUGACUCUGGAGGUGGUAUUCGAAUUGGACAGAAGUAUGGAGGUAAGGAGGUGACUGCUCUUCGAUUACAAUCAACUGUCAAUUACCUCUGCCAUCAAUUGAAGAGAUGUAAUUGUCAGUAGUUCCCCCCUUCAGUUGAAUUUACAUAUCCUUGAAAAUUAUUUGAGAGUAUGUAGUAUAAAUGUACUGAAUGGCACUCCUUUUCCUAAAUCAAAACUACUUGCUUCUGGGAGGGAGUUAUAGUAGACUGUAAUUCAUUGUAUUUGUUGAGAGAACAUUGUGCAGGUGUACUGUAGGCUUAUAUAGUGGCUGUUUUUGCAUUUUUGUUUUGAGUAGAAACUAGCAAAAUAUUGGGACUGCUUGAAUUCUUAUGUAUCUGUUGAUUCCUUGGGUAAACCUCAGGGUUUACCCAGAGAGCACCCAAAGAAAUCAGGGAUAUUUCUUGAGGUUUGUGGCAGAAAAACUUUUUUUGGCUCAAAUGGAAGUGGGAGAUGAGAGGACUUCAGUAUAUUCUUGCUGACAGAUAUUACUUGAGGUUUAAUUGGGUUAGACAAAUCUUUGCUGUCUCUCAUAUCAGGAUGUGUGGAACUGUUUGAGAAAAGAAAGAACUUACAGUCUCUGUAAGUCUUUCAAAAGAUUUGUCCAAGGGAUUCCAUCAGAUCCCAUGGUAUCUUUCUUUAGUCCUUGUGGGAUGCAGAGAUUCCAACCCUCCCGAUUUGAUCGGGAGUCUCCCGAUUUGAUGUCUUGCCUCCCGCUCUCCCGAUUUUUACCAAAUUCUCCCGAUUUAUCAUAAAAUUCUGAAAACUAGGGGAAAAUUGCUAAUCUUUAGAAUUUUUGGCGAUCUGUCACUGUGAAACACUCAUAUUACACUUACUUUCUUCGCGAAGAGCAUUAUGGUAUGUUAUAACUCAGGCCGGAAUGAUGUCAAAAUUCAGGAAAUGGCACUUGAGAGAACCUAAAUUUGCAAAAUUUCCCGGGGGCAUGCCCCCUGACCCCCCUAGAAGCUCGCGCCUUUGGCACUAAUAAUUACUCCCUAUUUUCCAUCACAUGGGGUUGGAAUCUCUGGGGAUGGAUUUAAUUUGUACAAAUGUUUUGCCCUCAAUACUACCUAUUUGUCAAGAUUUAAAGGUAGGGUCAACAGCACACAACCCUGCUAAUGAUGUGUACAGUCAGAUAGUCACAUAAAGAAGUAUUGUCAUUGUCAGUGAUUUCCUCACUUUUUGUAACCCUUCUGUGUCGUGUUUAGGUGAUACUGAGUGGCAGUAUGAAGGCCUGAUGCAGGAUAUCUUCAUGUAUGAUAGAGCUUUGACCAACAGGUACAGAAAGUUGUGACAAUAAUGUCUGUUUGCAGCCUAAUACAAGUUAAAGAUGACAAGGAAUAGAUCCUCAAUAAUAUUGAAUAAUCACUGAAUAUGUCCUUAUAUUUUUCAUCAGUAACCUUACAAUAAUCAAGAUUAGAAAACCAAGAUUAGAAAAAAAGACCAACUGUGACAUAAAAAUAUAAAUUGCUUGUUUUUUCUCAGGGAAGCAGAAGAAGCUUUCACAGGUAUUCUUCCAACUGUUUAUGUUGCCAGUAAUUGUCGAUGUCCUCCAACUCAUCCAAAAAUAAAUGUUGCUGAACCAGCCAAGUGUCUGAAAAACUUAGAUGGAGACACCGAAACCUUGUCUCGACUCAAAGACACAGCUCAUCCAAUUGAGUUUGCCACUGAUGGUGACACACUCAGUUUCUGGCUGUCAGAGAUCACAGAAAAUGCAACCAUUCGCGUAAAUUUGGCAUAUACUGGAUUACAGGUGGGUUCUGCAACUGUGAGUUAAGAUAUUGUGAAAAAAGAGUUCUUUUUGCUGAUCAAAAUUUUAUUUAGAAAAACACAUCUUUCCCCAAGGGAUGUCAGCUGAAUACAUGUUCCACUAGCUUUGUAGAUGAGUUAGUUUUUUACAUAGCUAAAAGUUCAGGGUGGUGCUGGAGAUUCCUGAAUGAAUCCAUUAUUAGAGUGAAUGUGUGUUCUUUUGUUGGGUAAGAAAAUCUUUUUAAGGAUGAAUUUUAAAUGAAAUUUGUCGAGGAAAUGUUCAAGUUUACCAUAUCAGAGUUCAUCAAUAACCUUGAGUUCUGUAGUAUUAGUCUCCACUGAUUAUUUCUCAGUCCUUGACUCUUCUUUUUUUAAUGAAUUCAUAAAUUUAAAUCAGUUUUAUUACUCUAUUUUAUUUGUUACAGCAAACUAAUUAAAUAAACAAGUGGUUUACUACAACCAAGCCCCUUUAACAAAUGUCAAAUGCACUUUAAGUGAAAAAUGAGUUGUUAACUUCUGCAUUAGGUGUUCUACAUCGUCUUGACUUUCUAUGGGCCUGUGCCGGGAGCAAUAAAGAUUGAGCGAUCAGUGGACAGUGGACACACUUAUGAGCCAUGGCAGUAUUUUGCUGAGGAUUGUGUGACCUCAUUUAAUUUACAAAACAAUGGUCCAUUGACUCAACCUGACUCUGUGAACUGUGUCCAAUACAUAAAGUAAGUUGUUGUUUCUCAUUAACAAUAGCAUUAUUGAUUCAGGAAAAAAUGAAGCAAGUUUCUGGCCUUUAUUGAUAGAUUGCAGUUAAACUGGACUUGGAACUUGUUUGGAAAAUUGUGGGAAAAUGCUUGGUUCAAAUUGUUACCUGGUAGUAAUGAUUGUUUUAUUUCAGACCCUUGCAGUCCAGCCGAGAAGUGUUGACCUUUCAGACAGAAUAUCCACCACCUCCUGGCUCCAACAUUCCAGUGCGGCCAUUUGGUUCCGGGUGCAGCAAUCUUUACUGCUCAGACAGACUGUUGCAGUUCUUAAAAGCUACUCAUGUCAAGUUUAAUUUUUACAAUCACACUUUGGUACAGAAUCCUCUGCACCGAUACUAUGGCUUGGAAAGAAUUCUUGUUACUGGCAGGUUAGCAAAUUCAUGAAGAGUUAUUUGUGGGCAAUCUUUUUAUUACAUCAGAGUACAAUAAUAAUUGUAAAACAGUUGAAGCCUUCAUAGGAAAUCAUCCUUUGUCAGCAAAAGCACUGUGUGGAAUUUUAGUCAGCUGCCUGGUAACAGAUCCUAAAAAUUUGCCACCAUCUGUUUGAGACUUGAAAAUAGAUUGAUUAUUCACAAAGCCAAAAAUGGGCAGAGUUGAUGGUGUCAAAAAUUGAAAACUAAAUCUAUAAGAAGGAGUUUAAACUUGGUUUGACACAUUUAGUCUUGUACAGUGUUGAGGUAAUGUGAAUUAAUAUGUGCAAACGCCAACUUUGAUGUCCUGACCAGAUAUCUUAUUUUGUAGGUGUGAGUGUUUUGGUCAUGCAUCAUCCUUCAGCUACAUUGAAGGGAAUGAUACUCAUAUUGGACGAUGUAUUUGUGACUGUCAUCCAUCAACUAACACAGAGGGAGAAACUGUAAGAAUUUUUUGAUGAACAAAGAUGUGUUUUUCCUUCAUUUUAGUUGUGCAAUUCAAUUUUGUUUGAAAAACCUGUACUUUAACCCUUUCACUACCAAAUAAUUCUCCCUGAUUUCUGCCACGCACUGCUUAUAAUUAGAGUUUUAAUAAUUUUGUGUUGAAUCUGAUGUUAAUACCAUAAUUUAUGCUUUUCUUUAUUCUCAUCUCUUACCUGCUCGAUAUUCUAUUGAAAUUGUAAGUAGAGUGUCUUGUUCACUGCUGGAAGUGAAACAGUUGAGGCUGAACAAACACCACCCAUUGAAAGUCUGUCAUCUUUCAAUUGCUGUUUUGCUAGAUGAUCAUAUCAAGUGACAAAGCUCUGUUUUAGUUACCAUGACUUGACAUGAAAGACUAUUCUUUAUAAUCUUACAAAAUAGUAAUUACAAAAUUUUGAAAAAUUCUAUGAUGAGUGAUGUUAUUUCAGGUAUGAUUUUUGUUUUCUAAUAUGUGUUGCCUUUUUUUCUAUUUCAGUGCAAUCGUUGCAAGCCAUUAUACAAUGACAAACCAUUUAGAAGAGGUGAACAUGAUGACUCAUACCCCUGUGUCAAGUGCGAGUGUAAUGAUCAUGCCAACAGUUGUCUUUACAAUCAAACUCUGGACACCAGCCCUGCCUCACGUACCCAGGGGGGAGGGGGUGUGUGUAUAGACUGUCAACACAACACCACUGGUCGUUUCUGUGAUGUGUGCAAGGAGAGAUUCUACAGGGAGUCUGGGAAGAGUCUAAAGUCGCCAGACAUGUGUUCACCCUGUGGGUGUGAGGGGCCUGGGGUAGAGCCUGGAGAGUUGGAUUGUGUAAAGGUUUGUAAUGAUCAGUUUUUGUGUUGCUUAGGAGAUGGAGUGUGUAGUGCUUCAUGAGCAGGAACUAUGUUAUAAAUGGGAAAUGCUGGUCAUGGCUAUAAAUUGCAGUAAAUAUCAAUUUCGAAGUAUUUCAGCUUUACAUGAGUUGGUUUAAACAAUAUGAUAGUUUACACAAUAUGCUUAUUUCAAAAAAACCUAUUUAUAGCAUAUAUGUAUGGUGAGAUGUUUUUCAAGUAUUGUGCAAGAGUCAGUUAUCUAAUUACAAGUCUGGUAUACACACUGAUCUAAAUUGUAAAAGGGAUUCAUAGCAAAUUCACAGAGUUAGGAAAUCACUUGCACUUGUCUCUGUUUAAUGGUGCAAACCUCUGUUGAAGACUGUGGGCAAUUAACUAUGGAGUUUGUGGAGUUUAUCCUGCAAAGCCAUGUAGUUAUGUCUUUGUUUCAUUAUUUAUAGAAAAUAUAAAAAUAGGCACUUUGCAGUAAUAGCUAUCACAUAAAACAAGAAACACCUUAAUGGUGAGCAGAUUGCAUGUUGCAGUUGGUACAUCCAAAGGAAACCAUUUUUGAAUCAAGAUGCAUUGUUUUUUAUGUUCAAGUCUGCAAAUCUUUUACUAGCUGAGCGUUGCAUGCACCAUGUGAUUGGUGACUGCAAAGGGCCUAUUCAGGUCUCUGACUGUAUUGAGAAUUUAUUUUUGAUUAAUGUUGUUUUUGAUGGAUAGGAUGAUUCUAAUUCAAGUGUAGUUGCUGGUCAGUGUGUAUGUAAAGACAACACCCAAGGCCGUCAGUGUGAUGAGUGUAAAGAUGGAUUCUAUGAUCUCAAAGCUAGCCAUGCAACUGGAUGCAUCUCAUGUGUCUGUGUUCUUGAUGGCACCAUAAGCCGGAAUAUUUCAUGUCACCGAACAUCAGGACAGUGUUACUGCAAAGAUAGGGUGACAGGGAGAACAUGUAACACAUGUAAGGCAGGGUACUGGGGUCUGUCCGGGCAUGAACCUUUAGGCUGUAAGACGUGUGACUGUGAUCCGUUUGGAACAACAGCUGGGAAUGAAAACACUUGUAACUCAGUAACAGGGCAGUGCUCUUGCAAAGCUGGAGUGAUUGGGCGCAAAUGUGAUCAGUGUAAAGAUGGUUUCCACAGCCUUACACCAAAUGGUUGUUCAUCAUGCAACUGCUCUGUUGCUGGUACACCAUCAUCGCUUUUGGAUCAGUGCGACAAAACUACUGGUGAAUGUACCUGUAAGCUCAAUGUGGAAGGCAAAAACUGUGACCAGUGCAAACAGGGAUUCUACAAUCUGUCACAGAGCAAUCCACAGGGGUGUACACAGUGUGUUUGUGACACUAAAGGAACUGUGGGAGGGUCAGGUCAAUGUGAACAGCAAUCUGGAAACUGUACUUGUAAGCCAUUGGUGAUUGGUCAGACAUGCAACCAAUGUAAGCCAGGAACGUUUGGUCUUAACCAAUCAGAUCCUAACGGAUGUCAACCAUGUAAUUGUUAUCCCAAGGGAACCAUAGAUGGUGACAAAAAGAAUCCAGGUCAGUCAAAGUCAGUGUACAAAGUAAGAUAUAGUAUUAUUGUCACAAGUCAGAGCAACAUGAGCUUACAUGUAUGUCCUCACUGUAAUUCAAAAUUUUCAGUUUAUGGGAUACUUGUUUCAUUUAAAUGGAUACCUUGUUGUAUCCAUUUACCUUCUGUUGCUCAUUUUUUUGCUGUUUGCUUUGUUGUGCCAAAUAAAAAUAGUUUUGUCAUUGAGAACUUUGGCAUCAAUUCAUGUAAUGGAUAGAGGAUCAGAUGAUUUAGGAAAAUGUUGUAGCGGGUGACACCUUCCAAGGAAGUUUUUCUUAACCCUUUACAUCCUAACAUCAGUUUGCACACUCUCCAUACUGUUCUUUAUACAUUUCCUGAGGUGCUUACAAGGAAAAUUUGUCAAACAAUCAUGAGUUUCUUUUGUUAGUGAUCAUUCCCUUCAUUCUCGUGAACUAACUGUUUAAUACUGGGGUGAUAUUGUAGGGAGAAUCUAGAUGCUAGUCACUCUUAGGGGUUGAAGUGUUAAUUGAUUUAUCGUACGUUGAACGGAAAAACCUUCAAAGUUAUCGAUGACAGUUCUCCUCUUUACAAAGUGUUAUUCUUCUAGAUAUUGACAGAUAUUUACCAACCAAUUCCUGUUAGCCCGAGUUGCUUCUCGGGGGAAACUUGUGUGUAAUAAUCAACUUCGAUUUAUACUUGUUCAUUUACGUUCGCUCUUCCUCUCCAGAUGAACUCCAAUGUUCGAGCAAUAAUGGCCAGUGCUUCUGUUUGUCCAGUGUGUCUGGGCUGCGCUGUGACUCCUGUGCAGCGGAAUACUUCUGGAAUCCAGCAGGACAGGGCUGUGUCCAGUGCCAGUGUAACCCAACCGGGUCUGUUGGGAAAAACUGCAAUGAUACUGGCCAGUGUACCUGUAAGGCAAACAUUGGUGGACGGCGGUGUGAUAGAUGUGUAGAUGGUUUUUACGGCUUCACAACAACAGGGAGGUGAGCAGAAUAUUUAUCUCUGACAACUGAACACAGUGUAAUUCAGCCUAUUUACCCUUCACUUAGUUGCUAACUCAAUGAUAUUCUGUUCGUUACACCCUCAGCUGUAUUCCUUGUAACUGUAAUGUGGCUGGCAGUCUUACCAAUCAAUGUGAUGAAACUGGACAGUGUACAUGCAAAGUUAAUGUCGAAGGGAAACAGUGUGACAAGUGUAAAAACGGAACCAUAAAUCUUCAACAGAACAACAAGUAUGGCUGCAGCGGAGGUAACGGAAAUUUAUGGCCAUAAUAAGAAUGAUUUUAAAAGUGUGUCGAUAAUCCAAGAUUAUUCUGAUUUCAAUUUGUAUUUUACCUCAUACUAAGGUGUGUUCUCCUUUAAUUUCAGCCCCAUCUGAGCAGCCUGCACCGUUUGUAACAGUUCUCUCGUCCCGUGCAAUAAUGUUAACAUGGUCUCCACCAGACAAUCCUAACGGCAUCAUCCUGCGCUAUGAGCUGUACAGAAAUGAUACCCUGGCUUACACUGGACUGAACCAAACAUUCAAUGACACUGGUCUCACUCCUGACACUGUCUACUAUUAUUACAUCAUUACCUUCACCGAAUCCGGUCAGACAAGAAGUUUAGACGACGGAAACGUGUACCGCACUUUCCAAGACGCGCCAGGAGGCAUGUCCGCGCCUGUUAUCACAAAUAUUCUGCCCAGGAAUGCAACUGCUUCAUGGCAGCGUCCCAGUAUGCCAAAUGGUCGUAUCAUCGAAUAUCGUCUGGUAUCUACCAAUAGCCGAAGUGCAGUUGAAGUUGUAAACUGUCGAGGUGUUAUUUUCAUGUGUAAGUUGGGGAAUCUUAAACCAUACACUGUCUACAAUUUCUCGGUGGUAGCUUGUACCAAUGGUGGAUGCGCUCGUAGUAACGUUACAACCAUCCUGACGCUGCCAACACUUCCAGAUUUCCAGCCCGCACCAGAUGUGACGUCACUUCCGGGAGGCACUGCAGUGAGGGUGGCAUGGGACGAGCCGUCCGAGCCGAACGGAAGAAUACUUCGUUAUGAGCUUUACAUGCGAGCAGACAGAGACACAAGCGACGGAGUCUUGAAGUUCAACAGCAAUCCUGCGCAUGACCCAACUACCAUCAAUUUUAGAGAGACGAACGUGACAGGACUUGUUCCAUUCAAGGUUUAUGAGUUCAGGGUGCGAACAUUCACUGCGCAAGUCAAGGGAGACCGAGAUAGUAAUUGGACAAAGCAUAGGACUGGCGAAGGAAGUAAGUUAUUUGAAUCGGUAAACAACAGAUAUGGAGUGUUAUGAAAGAACUGAAGCACAACGGGCUUUGAUUGGUAAAACAACUGUGGCCUACGAGACCAGUAGACUCAUAUGAAAGAUAAACACCCAUAAGUACUCCUUUUCAUCUUGGGUGGAAUUCUAAUAAACCUUCUCAGCCAGUUCACCGAUAAUAUUUCUUCCUCAAGAGCACAAUUGAACAAUGAGAACUGGCUAACUGCACAGUCCAACUCAGACCUCUCUUUCCCAACUUCAGAGCGGUCAACCUCAGGCCACUGCGUGCACAACUUUUUUUCUGAUAGGAACAACUGACCUUCUUUUCGCUUUCUAGCAUGCUGUCUCACUUAAGACGCUGUGAAAAUACACAAAGAAUUAUUUACAUGCUUAGAUAUUUUUUCAAUUAUAGAUAAACGUUUAAAAAUUGGCAUGUUUUCAAUUAAUGUAGCUCCAAGAGGGGAAGGUAUCAUAAAUACAAGAGUUUCCAUGGCCCCUGAGUGUGUUGGAGGGAAUAGAGAUAUUUAAACACGCUACGACGAUGAAAAUAUUGACGUUGUUUUGCUUUUCAAUUUGGAUUUAGCUCCACUCGGCGAAAAUGUCAUGAACACUGGUGCUAAUGCCUUUAACAGUAGUGCUGUAAUAGUUUCCUGGAGUCCUCCUCAGACCCCCCAAGGUGUCAUCACUCGCUACGUCAUUUACAAGUACCAGCCUCCCUCUAACUCAACGGCCGUGAUGGCUGUGGAGGUGCCUGGAUCUGAGCGACAGGGCAUGGUCGUCGGGCUGCAGCCGUACACUCAGUAUAAAUUUACAGUAACAGCUUGUAACAGUUUUGCAUGCUCGGGGCAUAGUCCGCAAGCUCUUACGCGGACAUUAGCAGCAGGUAUGUAGUCUACAUUUUGAGUGCCAAUUACCGUAUUAUGGCGCUGUUAAAAUUUGGUAAGGAAACUUUUAGUGUAAGCCAAAACUGAACUUAGCCAGGAUAAACUUAAGUGGUUAGAACAAUUUAGCCUUGAUGUACUGUAAACCCCUUCGAAAGUAAAGGAGAAUUAAUACAGCUUCAGCCCUCAGUGUACUGGGUAAAGUAAAAGUAAAUGUAAGGUCAGAAACAGACUUCUGUAAUCUCAGAAACUUUUGAGGUUGAGCUUGACGUUGGAAAGAAAUUUACUUUUUCAAACUCGUGGAUUACUUUACUCUUUCUCCAACUCGGAAAUUAAGGGAUGAUCUUGUUACUAACAGUUUUAUUACUGACUUACUGUCUAACAGCUCCCGAAGAACAGGGACCUCCCUCGGUCCUCUCAGUUGAUUCAUCAACCGUGUACCUCAGAUGGCCUCAACCCCAGAUACCUAACGGUCCUCUACCGCCAAGUUACAACCUGAGCCGAGCUUACUCAGCCUUGUACUUCCCACCCCCUGUGGUGUCAGAAGGCGUGCAUUUUCCGGGUCUUGGAUUCUACAAGUUUCCUUCGGACUUCGUUCAAGCCGGUGCGAGAAAUGACAUCCAGUUCUGGUUUCGCACCAAGUAUGCGUCUGGUUUGCUUCUCUUUCUGGCCUCUGAUGGCUCACAAACUGACAUGUUAGCAAUUCAACUAAAGGAUGGAAAGCCAUGGUUGAUAUUUGAUAGUCAGGAUGGCCCUGCUGCCUUCACAAUUAACCAGCCAGUCCGCUUCGACGAUGGUGAGUGGCAUCUAUUGAAGGUGUCACGUGUCAGCCACCGGGGGACACUUACGGUGGAUGGUUACCAAGCCAGUCAGGAUAGUCCGGGCGCCGCCACCGUGAUAUCGGCAAACACUGGGGUUUACAUUGGGGGUCUCCCUUCCUCCUUUACAAUUCUUCGAACUGACACAGGAAACUCCAAAAUUGAAAAGAUCAGUUUUAUCGGCUGUAUACGUGGUGUCACUUCAGAACAGGCUGCUUCUGUUUCAAAGCAGCUUGAUUGGACUUCUGCCUUAGAAGCGGUCAGUGUCGAGCCUCAGAGAAAUGGAUGUCCAGAGAGAGACAACAAAAGAGCCUUGUUCCUCAGAGGCGGUGGCUAUGUCGCUGUGGACUCAAAUAUAGCGGACAUUUUUACAAAUAAUAUAUUUAGCUUUACUUUGAAGUUCCGCACUCAGCUUUCGUCAGGGUUGCUUCUAUUUGCGCACGGAUCAACAACCACUUUUUCUAUUCAAUUUUCUGACAAUCGAGUUGAAACAAAAUACGUUACGACUAGUGUGCGAGACAAUGUGACAGUUCAGCUGCCUUCCGGUGAAAUUUGUGAUGGACAAUGGCACAACAUGACUUUUACUAAUUUCAACAACAAGUUAACUGUCGUCCUCGAUGGUAAAACUGAAGUUGGAACUGGAAUAACUAAUCUAAAGAUUCAAUCCAGAACAUUCAUCGGAGGGGUACCGUGGGGUUCUUCGACCGAGACAAUCGCCCGACAGGCUGGAGUGACUGUAGAGUCGUCUUUUGGUGGUUGUAUAAUUUUUCAAUCUGCGGCGAAAGAGAUCGAUUACGUAAAGGCAGUAACGGACAUGCAUAAUGCGGACCUUGAUGGCUGCCGCCCAGCGUCCACAGUAGCGACCAGCGGUCAAAUAGGAACAUGUUUGCCCUUUAAUAGUUCUGUGGUGUAUUCUGGGAAGACAGAGAUAUUUAAUGACUCAACCGCGAACGUUUUCACCGGUAUGUUGAUAAAAUGAAUGAAGAAUUAAUUUUCUUUUUCGUUUAGGCCAGUUGCUGAUCAAUAUUGUUGUUAUGAUCCCAACAGGAAAAUGGAGAUGGAAGAAAAUUAAACCCCCCUCCAUUAUUACACUUCAAAAGUGUUGUGUACUUUAUUUGAAUUAAUUUUGCAUCUUUUUCCCCGUUGAAGGAGAGAAAAAACACUAAGGGAAAAGAAACUGUUAUUCGUGAAAAAAAUAGGUAUGUAAUGUAUCUUUUCCUAACAGAUUACCUGUACCGUGUGGAAAGUUACCAUGAUGGAACUUCAGGUUCCGCUAAAAGCGCAUGGAUGUCGACACGUAGUGGUCAGGGAGGUAAGCGGAUGAAUCGUUAUUCGAAAUUUUCAAGGUUAAUUGAAGUACUUGUAACCUAAGGCACUUUAUUCGAAAAAAUUUGAGGUUACUUGUGCUUGAUGUAAGAAGGUGUACUGUCUCGAGUAAGCAUCCUAUCCGUCGAGCUUGAGGUAAUAUUCCUCUUAUUUAAUUGCUCAGCGCUGCAGAAAGUGGGUUAUAAUCUUAUAGUACAUCAUAUCAAGAAAUACGAGAAAGGAUCAAACAAACAAGAAACAAGAGUCUUUGAUUUGUGAAGUUUGACUGUGAAUUGGUUUAAAUUGUUAAAAUAGUCAAAGUAGGUCAAAUGGUUUUUACUUUAUAAAUGGUCAAACCAGCUUAAAUGACAAAGUGCGUAACUCGCUGAAAUUGUUCAACAGGAGAAAAUGCGUAAAUAACUUAAUCAGUUCAACUGCACAAACUUUACUAGCUGUCUCAAUUUCUUCAACUGCUUAAAUAGUCAGACAAGCGGACACAAAUAAACUGCACAAUUUGGGAAGUCUAUUUUAUUUGGUCGAAGUAGUUCACAUGGUCAAAAGGAGCCUAUCUAAAACAAAGGAAAACUGCUUGAGGUGCAGGAAAACGCCAUUUACCAAAUAGCGAGUGAUUUUAGUUUUGCAUCGGAUUUCUUACGACACCCAAUUGACUUACUUCUUCCCUUGUUUCUACAAAAGCCCCAAGUGGUCUCCAGGCUCCUAUUCAGUUAGUGCCUCUACCCGGUGGCGAAACAGUGAUAGUAACCUGGUCACUACCGGAGCGGCCCAAUGGAGUGAUAACAGAGUAUAGGAUACUAUCCUACCGUGUGAACCCCCCUGGGACGCCGGCAAUUGAGACAGUCAUCACAGAUACUAGUGUACUUAACGCUACCAUCUCUGGUCUUCAACCCUAUACCACUUAUGACAUCAGAAUUCAGGCCUCUACGGUCGGGGGAAGUUCAGUGGGGCCUGCUAAAAACGUCACGACUGAAGAAUCAGGUAUUUUUUGUUUUUCUGUUUUGUGUUAAACCAUGUCCAGUAAACCGCGAAAAAUUCUUGUUUGCAGUUUUUGGCGAACAUUUUCUUUCACUUAACCAAAACUUUAAAAACUGUCUAUUCCUUCUAGUUCCAGAGAAUGUUCCAGGCCCUACCGCUGUCCGACGUCCCAAAGAGCUUGUAGUACAUUGGACCGAGCCCGGACGUCCAAAUGGAGUCAUUACCCAAUAUAAUCUGACCCUGGAUGGACAAUUGGUGUUCAGCGGAACAGACAACAACUUCACAAUACGGAACUUACAGGUCUAUACAGAAUACCUCCUACAGCUAACAGCCUGCACAAGAAUCGGCUGCGCUCAAGGACCGGAAGUCCGUUUAAGAACCGGGGAACUACCCCCCGAGGGAAUCUAUACCCCAGUGGUUUUUGUGCGUGGUACAACGGAGGUUGAAGUAAAAUGGCGGUUUCCUAAUAUCACAAAUGGGGUAAUUGUACGUUAUGAAAUACUGUUCGCAACCAGCGACGUUUUAGACGCAUACGUUUCGAAAUUUAACGCCACCCCUGAUGUGUUCAGCACAGUUAUUACAAAUCUCACGGCAGGGACAUGGUAUUACGUUCGAGUGCGCCCCUUCAGUGGAGGUGGCGGGACAUUUAGUGGUGCGGCUCAGGUAACGACACACGAGGAUGUCCCUGAUGAUAUCCCAGCACCUCUUGUAAUUGCUCUCAGUCCAUAUGCUCUAUUUGUGAUUAUGUUGCCACCCAAAAAACCGAACGGUCUCAUCUUAAACUAUGAACUGUACCAAGAUGGAGUUUCAGAGCCUGUGUUGAAUGAAUUACAGCUUACGAAUUACACAGCGGAUCGAUUAAAACCAUACAGCCUUCAUACUUUCCGCGUUCGAGCUUGCACUGCAAAAGGGUGCGCUUAUGGAAAAAAAGCUGAGGCUUAUACGAAAGAAAUCGCACCGAAUGGAACUCUUACUCUUACUGCUCGUGUGCGCAAUGCGACAGCGGUUGACGCUAACUGGACACGCGUGGCUUUACCGAACGGAAAGUUGUUUUAUAACUUAAUGAUGUAUGGAAAAUUUUUCAUCUUCGACUCGGGUGACUUGAGAACUGAGGAUCGUAUUGAAACUGCUAUUUCUGUUGAGGAAGCUGAAAAACUGUUCACAUACAAUGGCCUUCUACCAUUCAGUGAUUACAGGCUCUGGGUGAAUGCGUCGAAUUCUGUUGGGUUUAUUCUCAGUAACAACGUCACCGUGUCCACCCCUGAAGGAGGUAAGUGACCAUUUUGUCACGUCUACUAUCAGAGGGAAGAUAAACUUUGAAAGAUCACUCUCUGGGUUUAAGUCUUGAAGAAGAUGCAAAUAUGUUUCAACAAAAUUAGAAGACUGAUGCAUUGAAUAAUCGAUUCAAACAGUAACUUAGACAUAGAGGAGAGGAUAUCAUUUUGUUCCAUCUGUUCACUUAGGCGUGGCCUUGACUUAAUACUGAAGCAAUGAUAGUUAACAGAAAUAUUUAUGAUGUAUUUUACAGAUGCUUUUGAAAUAAGUUAUAGACAUGUUAACCCUUUAACUCCCAGAUCAAAUUUGUAAUUCUCCUCACUUCCAACCAUACAAAUCUUAUAAUGUUAGUUCAGAGAAUUUAGUAUUGGAUCAACUAAUUAUCCCCAAAUUUAUAUUUUUCUUUACUCUCAUCACUUAUCUGGUUGAUGUUGUGUUGAUAUUGUAAGGAGAAAUUCUGUCUUGGUCACUCAUGGGAAUUAAAUGGCUAAUAGGAAUGAUUACUUUUUUAUGUACUUUGAUUCUAGCUCCCGGCGGUCUGAAAGCCCCCAAUGUCACUGUGUUGAAUUCGACUGCCGUCCAUGUCACGUGGGAACAACCUGCAUUGCCUAAUGGGAUUGUUCUUGGCUAUGGACUUCAUCAGAAAACUGACGGCUCUGAAACACUUCGGUUCAGUGGAAUGGGUUUUAAUUUUACUGUCACUGGCUUGGACCCGUUUACGGACUACGAAUUCCGUGUAAAUGCCAGCACUGUAGCGGGGUCUGAGUUCAGUGAGUGGACUCUGGUCAAGACCUCUGAGGAUGGUGAGUCUUACCUCUUUCGACCCACGACCAGCUCUCUUUGGGUCGUUUGUAAAGACAGUGAAAAUGAAAAUUCCCACGGUCAUUCACAAGUAAAGAGGUCGUUUGAAAUACUUGAAAAAUGGUGAUUAUUAGGGACAGUGUGACGGCUUUGCUUGUUCGAGUUUUUUCUUGAUUUUUUAUACUGUCAUAAGGGCAAUUCAGUGCUCAGUGUUGCAGCUUCCAAACCCUUUUUUCCAUGAGAGUUUUGUGUCGUAUAUCGCCUGCCGCUCCUUUGUUCACCUUUUGGAAAUUGAACUAAUUCCUCUUCAAAUAUCUAAGUUUUGUGAUUCCUUACAAUAACGGUUACUUAUGAAUAGUAUACAAAUGCACAGUGCAUUUGGUGACUGUGUCUGUUCUUGUUCUAUCAGUCCCAAGUUCCCCGGAUGCACCAGAUUUUAGAAAUGUGACUUCCGCAUCUGUGACACUGGUCUGGGACGAGCCAGCUGAACCCAAUGGAGUGCUCCUCUAUUACGUCAUUUAUCAGAAUGGCACUGAGAUCAAGAGAGUCACGGGAAAUGUCACCAAAUAUGUAGCUGUUGGUCUCCAGCCCUUCACUGUCUACGUGUUCAAGCUGAGUGUGUGUACAGCGGUAGGCUGCAGUAACAGCUCGGACUCAGUCCCCAUGAGAACUCUGGAGUCAGGUGAGUGCGUGGCUAAAUCUUCCAUGUGUUAUUUGUUUUCGUUUUUUUUUUUUCGCAAGAAUAUGUUUUCCAUUCAACAAGUUGCGUUUACGAAGCUGCCUUACAAGAAAUCGCUUUACGCCUAAGGUUGCUAAUUUCGUUUCCUACGAUGUUAGAAAUGUACGUGCCAACUGGAAUUUAAAAAAUUAUCAAAAUUGAAGGAGCGAUCAACGAACCACAUCUCUUAAACUGAAAUAGAAAAGACAGGGUGACCCUUUUGUUCCUGCGCUCCAGAUUGUGCAUUCACGGCAGUAAUUCAAAUGCACUGUAACGAGCUAUUAUAAGACUUACACUAAGAUUUGCUUCCUCCUCGUAUUGUAAUGUUUUAAUAGGUCCACAAGGUUUGUCAGCUCCAAGGCUGUCAUCUCUAUCAGGGAGAACUGUGGUUAUUGAAUGGAACCCACCCUCCGUGCCUAAUGGCGUCAUUCUCAAAUAUGUGAUUCAGCGGCGAGUCGUGGGUGGUGGAAAUCCAAGCGAUGUCAAAGUGAAUGCCUCUCUUCCACUGCGUUACGAGGAUAAUACAGCACAGCCAGUGACCAAUUAUCAGUACCGCGUGAUAGCAUAUAACAGUGGUCCGGGAGAACCCAGUCCAUAUGGUAACAUUACUACAGGCGAGGGAGGUAUGGAAGCUAAUGAAAUCAAACACAAAUGCUUGCUUCAUAUUCUAUUUGAAAGCUGCAGUCGAAGACUACUUGGCUGUUGUGUAUUAUACAAGUCUGUGGUAAUAAGACUCUUAAAAAAUCUCUCUCCAUAAAUCAAGUCCCGCCAAACUUAAAGAACCGAUUCAUGCAGAUGUGAAUUAUAAGCGAAAAACAAAUCUUCGGGAAUGCACUCAUUUAAGAUUCCGUCUUUCGCCUAUUUUCAAUGCCAGAGGGAUCAUGAAUUAUUUUACUCUCUACCAUAUUUGGCAUUCACACCACUAACAUAGCAUUUGUACCUUUGUUCCAGACCCUGAAGGCAUCGCAGCACCUACUGUUGUAGCACUCAGUCCAUACGCCAUUCACGUGACUUGGAAAAAACCCAGCGUUCCUAAUGGCGUAGUGACGCAAUACGUCAUCAGAGUCGUGGACCAACAGCAGUCACGCAACACUACAGUGAAUGCUAAUGAACCGUUUGCGCUAAACGUGACCUCACUCGAUCCUUACAUCAUGUACAACGUCUUCGUUAGCGCAUGCACAGUUGCUGCAUGUGGUAGCAGCCCGCCGUCCCAAGUGCGCACGCUUCCUGCCAAACCUGAAAUGCAGCCAGCGCCAACUGCAAAGACAGAUUCACAGACCUCUUUGAACGUGACAUGGGAGCCUCCCCUCAGGCCAAAUGGGGUGAUUCUGUCUUAUGUGCUGUACAGGAGAACUGUUGAAGACCUUGUGGAAAAUAACAUUUCAGCACCAACAGGUUAUGUAAAGGUGUAUGAGGGGCCGGCUUUGAUCCGAGAGUAUCGUGAUACUGGACUUGGGAUCUUCUCUUUGCAACAGUACAAGGUAAAUAUGAAAACACCAAAUCUUAUCGCUACACUAGGACCUUAUCGAUAUGCCUAAAAGUCAAUUUCUCGAUCUACUCAUACACGUCUUCUAAUGCUUUUUCCAGGUCGCUGUGAACACUCGUCAAGGCAACACUACAAGCAACUCCUCCCUACCCUACAGAACCGGUCCUGCCCCUCCCUUAGCGGGGGCAUUCGUCAAUGGAACUGCCCUAAAUCACACCUCAGUUAUGGUCACGUGGUAUCCACCUGUUAUUAAGCAGUUACGUGGUUCUGCUGUGUCGUAUACUUUAGACGUUGAAGAAAGAUCUGUCGUGAGUCGCGUGGGCACUUACCCCGGAACACAGACUCGUGUUACAGUUAAUAAUCUGAAGGCCAACACUGUGUACAAAUUUUAUGUAAGAGCCUUUUUUUUAUUCUUUCUUUCUAUCUAAACAUCGCUUCCAAGUUGUCCUCGGUAAACUACAGUAACUCGAAAAUUGUAAAUAUCCUCGGAUCCAAAUUUGAUCCUGAAUAUCGUUUACUAUCACUAUUUGUUUCAAUUAGUAAAAAUCUUUUCUCUCUUUCUCAUCAGGUUGAACUAAACAAUGGAGCAGGAACCUUCAAGAGUGCUGGCUUUGGAAUCAGAACCUUGGAUGGAAGUAAGAUAAACCUUUCUGAGCUUUUAUUAAAAAUAAAAUACUUCUUGCUCCGCAAGAGUGCAGGGGUUUCCUAAAAACAAAGUGAGGUAACAUUUGAAACAUCCGUUUUCUUCAAUGAUUCGUUGUUUUUGUUGCCGCUUUUUUACUGAUUGAUCCUGGUUAGCAUCAAUUUAUCCUUCUCCGAACGAUCUCACGAAGCUAAUCAGAGUCAGACUGUUUCAUUUAGCAAACAUCAAUCGAAGAUUGAAUACCUCACCAAACGCAACUCUCGACUUUCCUCACGGUAUCCUGUGGCAAUUUGUCUGUUGUUUAUUUUAGUGCCUGAAGAUUUCGAUCCGCCUGCACUAUACGUGGUCAGCAGCACUGCAAUUCGCGUGAGUUGGAAUGAGACAGGAAACCCGAAUGGAGUUGUUAUAUUGUACAAAAUAUAUGUGUAAGUAAAUCACAUACUAACUCUACUCUUUUCAAUAGUACAAAAAUGAAUCUUUGUUUUAAAGGAAGCUACGCUCCCUCUGGGAUAGUUGUUAACCCUUAAACUCCCAUGAGUGACCAAGACAGAAUUUCUCCCUACAAUAUCAAUACAAUAUCAACCAGAUAACUGAUGAGAAUAAAGAAAAAUAUCAAUUUGGGGAUAAUUACUUGAUCCAAUACUAAAUUCUCUGAACUAAUAUUAUAAUAAUUGUAUGGUUGACAGUAAGGAGAAUUACUAAUGUGACCUGGGAGUUAAGGGGUUAAACGUUGACUGAUAUAACUUUUUUGUUUUUUUUGCACAGAAACAACACGUUAUGGGCUAACACUACUGGCGAUCAACUACAAGUAAUCGUGUCUGGACUGCAGCCGUUUACCUUCUAUAGCAUCAAGGUUUGCUGUUCACCUCUUUAUUUACUAUAAUUGUUUGACCUAAACAGUCGUCAUUAACAGCUAAAGGAGCCACUUGGAAAUAUUUUGCCCGAAAUUUCUAGUUAGUCAUUUACAAACGUUGUCAAUCGUCGAUCCUCGACCAUUUAUUCCUUCAAUUUUUGGUGAUAGUGUUCCUUACCAAACCAGUAUUUUGUGGUUUCCUCCACUUUGAAACUAAUUUUAUAAGUUGCCAGAAAAGGCUUGACUUGUCGUGGCUUUGCGCCUAGAGAGGUCUGGUAACCAGAUGAACUGACUAUUACUGUCUUGAAAUAAAAAGUGUAGUUGAGCUUUGAUAAUUCUCGUAUUCACCAAAAUCAAACAAGUUAUAUGCAGGCGGGGUGCAUAUUAUUGGGGGUGAAGAUUAAAGGCUUGUGUGCGUUUUUUUCCUCUCCAAGGAGAGAAAAGAACUUUGUAUGUGUUACUCAUCGUUUGCGACGCUACGAUUGGGUAUUUGCUAAGUUCCUCAGGUUCGUUUUAGAUGUUAGAUCAUGAUUCGAGCUGAGCGAUUCUUUUUUUAUUUUUAUUAAGGUGGCAGUGUGCACUACACACGGUUGUACUCUCAGUGAUGCAAGACAGGCGCGGACAAAUGCUGCAGGUAAAACUUGUGUUUUUUCGUUGCUUGUUUGUUUUUGCUGUUUUUUUUUUGCAAGUCAGCGAAGUGUUUAAUGAUGGGUUUUCUUAACUGAUUUAUCUGUUAUUAUCUCAAUUAGCACCGACAGGUUUUGCUGCUCCGCGACUCACUGCAGGAUCAACUUUUAUUGUUGUCCAAUGGGGUAAGUUGGAAUUUCUUGUGUUUGUAUAAAAGUUUGAAAUAGUAGAGAAACUACAAGUGAGGCGUUUGAGAAAGGUUUAUGAAUAUCUCUUCGUAAUGUCUUUUUUCACUUUUUUAGAGCCACCAUCUCGUCCAAACGGAAUCAUGUCUGGUUAUCAGAUUUUUAGAAGAAUGGUGUACUCAUGUCCAACGAGGUAUGAAUUACAUUUUUUUUAAUCAAAGCCUUUACGUGUGUCGUGUAAGAGUAGUUUAUGCUCCAAUUAUCUAGUUUCAAUUAAUUUAGAAUUCUGAACCUCAUAUCGACCCCGAAAUGACUUUUUUUUUUCAGUCCCCCGCCAAACUCUAAAUGCACUUUCAUUGAGUGUCUCUUGUCAGAGCAGUUAUGUGGAGUCACGUGUUACAAUCCAGCCAAUCAGGUAGGUCUUUUAAAAGUGAAACCGUGGCGAAAAAGUUCACAUUUUUCAAAAGGCAUUUGAUUCUCUUCCAAGCUCUCUUGCUGACGGAUGAAAGAGGCCUUGAGCUGUCUUCAUCAUACAAUACUUCGUCGACGAAACGCUCAAGAAACAUUGACUAAAAUACAAUUUCUACUCCAGCGAGUUGAAUUGUGUGAAUGCAGCUUAAGAACGUUAUUUCAUUCAAAAUGAACCAUAGUUCCGUGUCAAAAGGCUACCCUGACCCUGUAUUCCAACCAACUUCUUAUUCCGAAAAUUCUUUCCACUAUUUGCUAUCGGUACAAAAAUGCGAGGUGAUGUGGUAAACAGUCAUGUACUAAUUGUACGUUCAAAAACCUCUCUAGGUGUGUUGCAGUGGUGUUCUUCACCCACGUGACCCAUCCAAGACUUGUUGUGGCGCGAAUUAUCUGCGUAAGAACCAGGCCUCUGAUGUUUGUUGCGGUAACACUUUCCAUAUUCAACAAGCCGACUAUCAAUGUUGCUAUGGCAACUACAUCAGUGUUGCUUCGGGACGAGUCUGCUGUCCUAAAUUUCAGGGAGGUAGUGUGGUGGGUCUUGGUAAUGCCUGUUGUGGAGACACCCCGUAUAACAAGAAUGACCCCACUAAGGUUUGCGUGUGUGGAGCGCUGUACGACCCCAUUCCCCCGCGAAAGUGUUGUGGCGGCAAAGUUGUGGCGUCUGCUCAGGUUUGCUGCGGUGAUGAAAAGAGCGGAGCUGCUUACGAUCUGGAAGCUAGCAAGACUUGCUGUGGAGCUCAAUACAUUUCUGAAGACACGAGCCUUUGUUGUCAAGGAUCAGCGGGAGAUGUCGUGGUAAGUGCGCAGUCAUAUUUUACUUGGUUUAAACACUGAUCCGGGCUCAGGGUAUUUGCAUUCAGGGACCACCUACCCAACAGGUUGUUAGCCUCUGCCUGAAUCCAAGAUCAAAGUUGAUUAGAGUUAAGGAACCCAAUGAUAUUUAUCUUAACUUGAAAAUACUUUUUGUUCUUUUUAGGUUUAUAACUACACCAGCGCAAGCGAUAAAUCUACAUCCAAUCACAAAUGCUGUGGUAAAAAACGAAUUUCUAGUUUUCUCACAUGUUGCAACGAACGUGGCUAUAACUCUACUUACCAGACUUGCGCAGACAUUUCCAGCAACGGAACGUUAGGCUGUGGAAUGGGAACCAUUUGUAAUAAGACUGAUGCACUCGCAGCAAUGUGUGAUCGAUGUGAUUUUGAUAAUUCAACGACGAACUGCGGAUUUGUAGCUGGCCACUACGCUCCAACUCCUUCGACUGUUGUACCAAGAAUCUGUGCCACGGAUUACGAAGAAAUACUUAAAAAUCAGUACAAUGCUGAUAUCCGUGAAUAUAACGACACUGGGCUCUCUCCUCAUACAGAAUAUGAAUACUACCUUGUCGCAAUCAAUAAUGGAUUUAAUGUGUCAAGUCCAGAAGCCAAGAACCGAACGCUGAUGGGUCGCCCUGAAGGUCUUUUACCGCCAGUUGCAGUUCCAAUUUCCUCGACUGAAAUCCACGUCACUUGGAGUAAGCCAGCAAAACCCAACGGAGAAAUCCAAGAGUACAGGCUGACCCGGGUCAGCGGUCAAAUUAAGCUGCGUCAAGUGGUAUAUAUCGGUCUUAAUUUAACUUAUACAGACCGUGGAUUGGAGCCGUUUACUGGAUAUGGUUACGUUAUCGAGGCAUGCACGACGCACUGCUCAUCAGCGGAAAUGACGUCACUGAUCUACACCGACCAAGCUGCCCCGGCGGAAGUGAACGCAGCCAUUUUACUUCCGUUAAACUUCAGCGCUAUAAAUGUUUCUUGGAUUGAACCUUCCAAGCCUAACGGACAGAUUAUUCGUUACAAUGUGAGCCGUGUAGUAAACAGCACGUACAAGAUCCAUUUGAACCCGAAUGACAAAGGUUUGUCCGUAAGGAGCCUUGUAAUUGGGGGUCUUAAACCCUAUACUAACUAUACCUUUGAAGUGAUAGCUUGUACGCGCGUGGGUUGCACACCAGGUCCGCUGGCCUCCACGCUAACACUGCAGGCGCCGCCUGAAGGUGUCCACCCACCCAAUCUCACAGUCAUCGGGGCCAGGGAAAUCGAAGCCACAUGGAUUGGACCAGACGUUCUAAAUGGUGUGAUUGUUUCAUACUCACUCUACCGCGGAGAUCUUGUUGUGUACAACGGGACGAAUGCAUGUUACAAAAAUCAACACGGUAAAGACAUUUGUAUCUUCCAAGACCGAGGCAACGGUCUCCAACCAGUGACGACUUACAAUUACUCAGUCGCUGCUUCGACUGGCGGGGGUACCACUAGGAGUGCUGUGUCUACUGCCACUACCCCAGAGAGUUCUCCAGAGGCCAUUCCAAAGCCUCGUUUGACUGUGAAAAGCGCUUAUAGUAUUUUAGCGGAAUGGAAUGCUCCAGGUCAGCCAAACGGUAACAUUACAAGUUAUUCUGCAGUCGUUAAUGGCUCAGAGUAUGUUGUCGCUCUCAACAUGAGCAAGUUGAUUACAGGAUUGAAUCCUUUUACUAUAUAUUCUGUUCGCGUGAAGGCCUGUACCGCUAAAGGCUGCGGACUCGGGGAAAGAGAGCAUGCAAGAACUGGCGAGGCUCCUCCCAUCGGACAGGGGGCACCUACCCUGGUAGCACGAGAAUGGAAUGUUGUACAAGUCUCUUGGUCGCCGCCUUCCUUUCCAAAUGGAAUCGUCGUCCAAUAUGUAGUUUACCGUAAGACAGGUAACAGUGCCCCGCUUCCAGUUUGUUUCACGCUCCAGCGGUCAUGUCUGAAUAGUGGUUUGUUAGGUUACACGGAUUAUUCCUAUAGAAUAAGAGUUGUAAACAGCGCAGGCUUUGAAGAAGGCCCUUGGACCGACGUGCGCACUCCUCAGGGGCCUCCUCAAGGCAUACGACCACCUUCUCUUACAGUACUCAACUCCAAUGCAGUGUAUCUUUCAUGGACUGUACCCUCUCAGCCCAACGGUAUAGUCACACACUAUGAAGUGCGCUAUCACAAAGGACUACAAACUCCCGACAACAGUAACGUCACAGUAGCAGCUCGGUUGCCUAGCAACGUACUGAACGCCACGGUGAGCGGGCUAGACCCUUAUACGGACUAUCAGUUCCUGAUCGCUGCCAUCAACAGCCGGCGUGAGGGGGUGAGCGCCUGGGCGACAGCAAAAACCAAACAAGCACCACCAGCAGACCUUCGUCUCCUUCGUGCUGACAAGACGAAAGAUGGAAAGAGCAUGCGCAUGUUGUGGGAUGAGCCCGGGUCUCCUAACGGGGUCAUUACUCACUACAAACUGUACAAAGACAGUGUCUUGAUUUAUCUCGGCAGCAUCCGAGAAUACACGGUCUCAAGACUUGUUCCUUACACUGCGUACGAGUUUCAGCUAGAGGCCUGUAAUGUUGCAGGGUGCACGCGGGGUCCCACGCAAAUCAUUUUCUCCGCAGAGGUGGACCCACAAGGCCUGUCCCGACCUACAACAGGGUUUAUCAAUGCCACAGCUGUGGAGCUGAACUGGAGAUCGCCAGCAAUUCCAAACGGAAUCAUCAUCCGUUAUGAGAUUUACAUGACGGUCACGCCGCUUCAGAAGCGACGAAGGCGCGCUGUAACACCUCCCUCCGGUCAACUGGUUUAUUCCACCAAUGAUACAAACAAGACAGAUUUCAAGCACACAGAGACGGGAUUGAAGCCUUACACAAAGUACGGGUUUAGUGUACGCGCGGUCAACGGUGGAGGUUUUACGGAAAGCGACCCACUGAUCGUAACCACAUCUCAAGCUGCUCCUUCGUCCGUCGAUGCACCACUGGUCUUGUUGAUGACCGCGUAUUCCUUGAAUGUGACGUGGAAAAAACCACUAGAACCCAACGGCGUUGUUCAGUUUUAUUUUGUGUUCAGGAACAAUUCUAUUAAAUAUAAAGGAAACGAACUGAGUUUUGUAGAUCAAGGUCUAGAGCCAUACACCGUAUACAGUUACACCGUGGAGGUGUGUACUAGCUGCAAUGUUGACUGCUGUACGCAGAGCUCUCCAUCAAGCCGCCGAACAACUCAGGCUGCACCGUCGGGUGUGUAUCCCCCGGCCUUAGAAGCGGAAAGUGCUUUGGCUAUAAAGAUAUCUUGGGUGACGCCUGACAAGCCCAAUGGAAUCAUUACCCAGUACCAAGUGUAUGAAGUUGGUGACAGUUCUCCGAUUUAUACCGGACAGGACAUGACGCUCACUGUAAGCGGGAAGGCACCUUUCUCUAAAUAUUCCUUUUACAUUAGUGCUUGUACGAGCGAGGGUUGUACACAGAGUGCACCAGCUGAAGUGCGCACCAAAGAAGCUCCUCCCAGAGAUCUCCUCGCCCCUGUUGCCACAGUCGGUGGUUCUUCGUUUGUGCGAGUAGAAUGGAAUGCACCGCUAAAACCAUAUGGUGUAAUACUCCACUAUCUCCUUACACGUAAUGGCUCCCAAGUAUACAACGGUACUGAUCUGAAAUUUAACGACCUUACUGUGGCCCCACACACCGUGUAUAUGUAUGUUGUGACGGCAGUGAAUUCCGUGGGCCGCGUGUCAAGUCCUCCUGGAUUCAGCGCAGCUACUAAUCCUGGUGCUCCAGACAAUGUGAGCAUCCCGACUUUAUAUGUUCUCAGUGCAACAUCCAUUAAAGUCCUGUGGACAGCCCCGGGGGUUCCAAACGGUGUCAUCUUCAAAUAUGAAGUAUUGUACAGCUUCAUGGGAGCGCAAGGCGUUGCACAGGUGAAUGAUGCUGGUAUCGCCAAGGAGAUUACCCUAAAAGACCUGUUGCCAUAUACGUUGUAUGAAGUCAGAAUCCGCGCUUGUACACUUAAAGGCUGCAGCAUAGGAGAGGCGAACUAUGCCCGUACAUUUGAGGCUCCGCCAGAGGGUCAGAAUCCCCCAGAUUUCCCAACAUCUAAUAUUGGUGCUAGGAGAGUACUUGUCACCUGGAAUGAGCCUUUAAAACCCAACGGAUUUAUGCUGUCGUACAGACUUUACAGGCGUGGAGUAUCGUUGUAUGGUAACCAGGCGACAGUGUAUGGUCCGGCAGAGUCUGUAGUAAACGUAACUAAUGGAUCUGCUCUAGCUUACAGUGAUACAAACGUGAAGCCGUACUUCAAGUAUAAUUACCGAGUUAUCUCUGCAAACAGCGCUGGUGAAACGGUUAGUCAGUGGUCGUUGGUUCAAACCUUGAGUGCAGCACCAGAGCAGCUUAAAGCGCCUCAUGUGAACAAGACUUACCCUUACAGUUUGGAAGUGUUCAUCUUCCCACCUGGUGAACCUAAUGGAGAGAUAAGAAAUUACAUCCUCGAAGUUUCUGGACGAAAUGUAUCUCAAGAUCUAACCACUACUCGUGAGGUGGCGGGCCUUGAGCCAUUUACGGACUAUGUUCUACGUGUGUACGUCUGCACGGAUGGAGGGUGCGCCGCGGGACCCACUGCAACCUGGAAGACCUCUGUUGGAGUGCCGUCAGAGUUUGCCGCCCCACGCCCGGUUGAAAUAACCAAUAACUUCGUCACACUUAUAUGGGACGAGCCAGGAAAACCCAAUGGAGUCAUCCAAAGGUGGGCAAAAACUCUAUUUACUCUGUCCUACAUUUCCAUCAUCCACCGAGUUUAUUCAUGUUAGUGAAAACUGGAGGCAACGCUAAUGAACCUUAAAUUUGAUUCUAAAAAUUUUUCAUUUUUUUUUUUUAGAUAUGAGGUUCUGUUUCAUGAAACUUGCGCUGUCGGUUGUCCUACUGCAAUGCCCGAGAGUGGACUGAACACGAGUUUGUCUCGGCGUUAUACCGUUAGAAGCCUGUCACCCUAUACUAUGUAUAACUUCAGGAUACGAGUUUACAACUCACGGCAUUCGAGUUUAUCGGAUGAACAAAAAGUGCGAACACUAGCUGCAGGUACGUUAAUAUCAGUAUGAUAAUGUCAAAAUGUUUGCGUCACUGUAUGUAGGCAAUGACCACGAGAUAAACUUUUAUUUGAGAUCGUUAGUUGUUAAGUCACCUUUGAUUUAGGGAGAAGUGGCGCCAUGAUGGUUGCUGCAUUGUACUUCAAAUCGCUCCUAAGCUCGAGCCCAGUCCAAUCUCUGUUUAAAAAAAUGAAAUUUAUUUCAUUUAAUUGUGUUCGGAUCAUUACAUCGUGUUUCAAACAGUGCCUCUCUCUACCAAGGUGUACUACUACAAUUUGCAUGAAAGUAUUUUUACCUUGUGCCUCACUGGUUCGUAUUGUUAAUUUAACGGAAAUCGGUUAUGAUGCGUUUUUCGAAGAAAUUCGUAAUGAUACUCUUUGACGUCCGAAGGUUUAUAUGUUUAUGGUUUCAACCUGAUAUAUUUUGUAUUUUUGUAACAGUAAAUCCAUGAAACUAAAAUUUAAAUCAAUGUUGGAGCAAUGAAGUAAUAACCUUGUUAGACAAAAAUUCAUUUUCGUCUACCUCCUUAGCAAAUGUUUUGCUUUAAUUGGUUCCAGGUCCACAGACGACAGAACUGAGGCCUCGAGUAAAUGUGUCCGGGCUCCGAGUGGCCGUGGACUGGAGCGAUUGCUUUAUUUUGAACGGACCGCUGGACUCCUAUGAGCUGUUAGAAAAUGGAUUGCUUGUCUAUGAAGGACAGCAAAACAAAAUGGACUUGGGAAAUAGGAAUAAAGGAGGUUAGAGGCGAAAUCAACCAAUCACAUCCUGGUUGUUAAAUGAUCUCGUUUCUCCUAGAGUAUUUACGCCACAUUGUUUUGAGUUGAAUUUUUUCGCCACUUGCUGAAAUAACUCCAAGUUAAAGAGACUUCAAAAUCAUAAAGUCGUACGGUAGAAAAUAAUUUAAGAGGCAAUGAUAAAUUUAGAAGGGACUCGAGAUUAUUCACUCUACAAUAUUCUCUAUUCGUGAUCUUAUCACUUGGAAUUUUCUCGGAACGAGAUGAGUAACUUCUUUUCUUGGGAUUUGUUUUUUAACGACAUUUUAUUCGGUUUAUCUUUGUUACAGAGUACACCUACAAAGUACAUGCCACAACUUUAGUGCAAGGAAGCAAAAUGACUGUAGAAUCACCUCCCAGUGUUCCUGUUCAGGUGCAAUGUAAGUUGUCCGCCCAAACUUAUUUAUUGCUUGGUACAGAAAAACCGAUCGCCGUUCUUUUUUACGUGAGGUUAAAGGCUGAUAGUAAGCUGCAUCUAAUUUACCUUUAAAAAUUACCAUUCAGCCAAUUGAAUACAAGUCACUAGAACUGAAGGAUAUGAUCAGCAAGUGAGAAAGGUCUUCAUCGUCAAACAAAUUCUCCUCGUCUGUUUCAUAAACGUAAGAAGAACAGUGUACAAAAUACGUUAAUUGAUAGCAAGGUUGAAAUGAUUAACCCUCUGGCUCCUAAGAGUGACUAACAAUAUUACACAGUCUGAGUCACAUGUUAAGGUCACGAGAAUAAGGAAAUGAUCACCUACUAAAGAAGCUUCUGAUUGUUUAACCAAUUCUCUUCAUCAGCGCCUUAGGAAAUGUGUAGAGAAAAGUUUGGAGAAUAUACAUACUGAUGUUAGGGUGUAAAGGGUUCACACGCUAUCUCUAUCUGUUCUCAGCUGAAAUUAUUGCAGCAACAUCAGCACCCCGCACUGCUUCGGAUGAGUGGCAAAAGAGUGUUUGGUUUAUUGCUGUCAUGGCAUUGGUCGCCAUCAUUAUCCUGUUUGCGUUGAUAUUCUGUUGUAUGCGGAAAUCCACCGGGAGUAGAACAGUAUUUGUACGGGAAAGGGAACCUUUACCUCCACGCACCAAACUGCGUUCCAGGCCUCCAUCCAUGUCCAGUCUUUACACGUCCAGCGACAGAAAGAGUGGAAGCAUGACUGUAAGUGGUUGAUGAUUACAUCAAGGGAAAGGGGGGGGGGGGAGCAUGAUUAACGUAUUAACGUUCAUCAAAUAUUUUCUCCGGCUCGCGAUGAUAAUAAUGCUUCUGGGUAACUUGGGAAUAUGCGUUGAUUUUCCUAAAGCGACAUUCCCGAUUUUUUCCAGACUUACUGUCGAUGCUAUUAAAGUUUACGGUUAGAGUUUUAUUGAAGAUGAUCCAGCGUUUUGUCAUUGUUAAGAAGGAGGAUAUCGUUCUACUGAAGAACGCUUGGGAGUGGACACCAGUUUAGUUUGGCAGGCAGCUUUUCGAAAACAUUGUCUCACGGGCUGCAAAAUAUUUGAAGGUGAAUGACCUGAACGAAAUGCCCUCCAUUUAGGAUACAGAUAUGCUCUAUUAUUUGUCCAUAAAUGUGAUCUGUUCCUCGAAGUUUAUCGUUUCCCUCGAGGUUCGCUCUUAGAAAACUGUUCGCUCUUCGGAAUAGAUAAUAUCCACUGGCAAAUAUCCACGCAUAUUUUCGAGCCAAUUGUUUGUUUUUUGUUAUCGUCCUAAAAUUUAACUGAGCCCGCAUCUUUGCUACUUUUCGACACGUGGCGCCUUCCAAGGGGUCAGUAGGACUGGUGACUAGCGAUCAAUUUGGUAAAGGGAGUGUUGAAUUAUUAGUUGGUUUGUUACAUCUCGUUCAUUUCAUACAACUUUGUUUAUGUCACAGACUGCAAGAAGUCCACGCAUAAUCCUUGAUUAACAAAGGCUUUCGAUGUAACUUAUUUUGUUUCAGGAGAUGCAUUUAAUGAACCCGUACCACAGUAGUACCACAGCUUUGUUUGACAGCACAGAGAGGCUGAACAAGACUCCCGAACAAUUUGACUUUUACAAUGGCAGCAUGCACAAAGUUCCUCCAGAUAUGAGUCAAGACUGGGACCAUUAUGUCAAGAGUUAUAGCAACAGGGAUUCUGGACUGGUGAGGACUCGUGGCUGAUCUUUCUCGCUAUUAUAGUCCUUGAGAGUGUUUUCCGGUUUAACAUCUUCGGCAAAUCUCUGGAGUCUUUAGAACAUCUUCGGCAGUGUUCGGAACUCCGAGUAAUUUCUACUGACUUACCGACCAACCUACGUAGCCAGCUAUCGACUUAACAACUAACACACCUUCUUCACAAACUGCCUAGCCAUCUGCAGCAUUAGACUCGGUUUAGUCUGUGUUACGUCGCUUAACUACUUGUGUUUCUAUUCUUGCAGUACGAUGACGAAAAACUGGACUUCUCGGACAGUGAACCAAGCACACCAUAUCAAAGCUUUAAGAGGGAGCAGUACUUUACGGAUACACACUUAUAAGAACAAAUAGUCUUUCAAAGUAGCCAAGAUUUGUGACUUUUAAAUCAGAUUAAUAUUAUUAAUGAACAAUGCUUGUAGUUUAGGUAGUGUAUUUUCAAAUUUUGAUUCCAGUUACGAGUGUGAAACGACUGAAUGUAUUCCUGAGAAAUUUUUGUGCAGGGUCUGAAAAAAAUUUUUUUUUCAAGAAAAUAAUUUUUCGAUCAGCAAGGUACAUAGCUUUCAUAAAUAGUGUGGGACCAACUUCCCAUUUCCUGAGUAAUGUCAAUGCCACUUUCGUUGCUCUCAUUGAUCUGUUUUGUGAUAUACUUUUUCUCUGGAAAGAGCGUCAGGUAAAACGUUGCCUAACACUUGUGUUUGUAUAUAAAGCUUUGAUGAGUGUGGAAAUUUGGCAGGGACUUGUUACCUCGUAGUCACUAAAUCUCACUACAAGUGUGUGAUGAUCUCGAAGUCGAGAUUUAGAAGAAUAUUUCAGGAUAUAGCACUUAGUAAAAUCUCAGAAAUAGAUAUUGUGUCCUGAGGACACUUUUUGUAUCUAAUUAGACGCCACCAUUACGUAUUUCAUUGUUUACGUUAAACUUCUGCAACCUUUUUUUUUUUUUUAUUAAGACCCGUUCGUGGAAAUUACAACGCAUGCAUGCGAUUCUCUUACCCCAGUUUCUUUGAGAAUAUAAUUAUAUUGGCUUCGUUCAAAAUUCUGCGCUUGUAUAUGUGUAUACUACAGUUGAACUGUAUAUAAGCUUGAAAGCUGAGCUGAAAUUAAAAUAUGUUUUUAAUAAUACAAGUUAUUUUAAUGUUUUUAUCCAUGGGUUGAUCAACAAUACAAAUGCGACACCUCAUCAAAAACAGUCAAAUCCUCAAAUCUGGCCUUUACGAAGCCCUUUCAGUUCACGAUCAAGGCAAUGCUUGGCAUGAAUCGUAUUACCAUAGGAAGGCGCAUCCACAUGCAGCGUUACCAAACACUUCUGAAGACACCAACGAUCAGCAAACAGCGAGAGAGCCCCGUUGCUAUAAUUUAGUUGAUUGUAGGCAUCAAUCUGAUGAAAAGAGAUAUGAAGUUAGUUCUUCAACACACCACAAAGGUACUCACACCUUACUUGCCAGUGAACAAGUUCGCGAAGCUUACCAAUUUGGUUGUGGGUGUUGAAACAGUGAAGGGAACAAGUUUAAUGAAAAUGAUGCGACGAGGGACUUCCAGAUUGAAGGCAUCUCCAGCUGACAGAAUUCAGAUAGCGGUUCAGUAGAAGCUAGUUCCAGUUCCUCUAGAAGCAAAAUGGGGAUCCUCCGUCCAUCAUUCGUCUGGAAAGAGUGUACUACUCCACUAAAACAAUACCAUACCAUUAUUCACACGACUCCUCCAAAACUGCUUUGCAAGGCUCAGUGUCGAGUACGUGUGGCAUCGAGUUUCAACCGAGUUUCAUCCCACAACAAAAACAAGUCAAAACGUUUCGCAAAGAAACGUGUUAGGCUUUGCAUGCCGAAAAGAAAGUUUUCGCGAUUUCAAAAACGUCCGUGGCCCGUCCGGUUAAAAGGAAAGCAGAUUGCAGCUCUGGAAGACAAGAAGAAAACGGAUUGAAUAUGGUAAAUGCAACUGAUCAAAAGUUCCAAAAGAGGCAGAGACGUGGAAACAUCUCAACAAGCACGAAGAGGUACAUGCAGAUAAACAGCUAUAAAUAUAAGUAAAAGAAAAUCAUUGUAUAUAAAGGGAGACCACUGACCUUUGGAAAUGUCAAUUUUAUUUAUUAUAAGUCAUUUAUAACUUUGGAGAUAAGAAACUACUCUAAGGAUCCACAAUGCAGACAUCCGUGAAAACAAAUUUUCAGUUCCCGCCAAAAUUGAUUCCAGCCAACGCCCUGGUUUUCCUUGGUUCUCCCCUUACUUUCUCUUAAUACAACACAGUAAUUAAAAAAUUUGAGUGAUGCCAAACACUGCCCUAUAUGCAUGUAAGCAUUUUACAAAUUUAGCCAAGAAACUUUUCAUGGCACUCUUAACACAAUGGCAAACUAUUUGUUGAAGCAAGAAUCAAUUAAGUCAUUCAGUUGACACAAGAAGUAAUGUUCAAUCAAAGUUCAAACCGUUGUGACAAUCUUUUGUCUUCAGGUUGACGAAAUCCUGAGCUGGAAUCUACUCUGAUU